GAGACAGGUGCAGAGGGACCCUGCGUGCUCUGCUUGCUUAAGCCCGGAGCUCACCGGUUGGAGGGUGAUUAAGGGCUGCACGGGACGCCCGCUUCCUUUCUCUGUUCCCUUCGCUUGAUGGAAAGGGCAGGAAGAAAGGAAAGCCGAGCUCGCCGAUGGCGGUUGAGUGUGUUUCACGACACCGGCUGCCUUCCUGCCCGCCACUAUAUAACCGCCAACCUCCUCCCCCUUUCCCGCUAGCUAUCAUCCCGCACCCAACUACUCUCUGCUAGCUCCGUCCUCCAUGGAGGGGCGAGCGAGUACCUGAGUCUGACUUGCAUGUGAGCGAGCCUACAGCAAGCACACGGCCUAUUGACCCAUCCGAGACAGAGAGAGGGAGUAGUCUUUGCUUGCUUGCUUGCUUAGUUGGGUUGUGUCUUUGUGUGUGCAUCUAUGGCGCUGCCGGCGGAGAGACGGGCGGAGGAGGCCCCGGGCGUCGGGGGGUGCCGGGUGCCGGCCGGGCAGGGCGGGCUGCCCAUCGGCUUCCGGUUCCGGCCCACCGACGAGGAGCUGCUGCUGCACUACCUGCGCCGCAAGGCCCUCUCCUGCCCCCUCCCCGCCGACAUCAUCCCCGUCGCUGACCUCGCGCGUCUCCACCCAUGGGACCUGCCAGGCGAAGCCGACGGCGAGCGCUACUUCUUCCACCUGCCGGCGACGGGGUGCUGGCGGAAGGGCGGGGGCGCCGGCAGGGCGGGCGGCAGCGGCGUGUGGAGGGCGUCCGGGAAGGAGCGGCUGGUCGUGGCGCCCCGAUGCGGGCGGCCCAUCGGCGCCAAGCGGACGCUCGUCUUCUGCCGCCCCGGCGGCGCGCGCACCGGCUGGGCCAUGCACGAGUACCGCCUCCUGCCCGCCGGCCUCGCCGCCUACGCCACCGCCAAGAGCCUCCACGCCGCCAAGGACUGGGUGGUCUGCCGCGUGUUCAAGAAGGCCACGCCAGCGCGCCACGGCACAGCGGGGCGGCGUAGGGGGGACGCCGACGCCGACAUGACACCGGCAUCGCCGUCCCCGGCGUCCUCAUGCGUGACCGAGUCGCGCAGCGGCAUGGAGGAGGACGAGGAUGAGACCGCCUCCAAUUCGCCGCGGCGAGAGGAUUAGAGCAGCUGACCUGACCUCAAUCAUGGUCCCUGUAAUUUUCUAAUGAGUGCCCCGUUAAUUCGUCGAACCGCUAAUGUGGUAGCACUAGUAGUACCUCGUAGUAAUCAUCAGUCCCAACUUAUCAGGAGAAACAAACUGAGCUCAAGCAAUCAGCAAACCGAGCUCAAGCAAUCAAACACCUCACCAUGUUUGACGAGUGAGCCGAGAGAGCUCACUGUGAAUCAAAGAGUUCAUGUUCCAAGGUUAAA